UGGAUCAUGCGUCCAGUAUAGGAAUCCGCAGAAACGGUGGCUCUGCCACAUGUGCCGUACCGACAAGAUUUCGACGGAGGCUCGAUUCUUGGAAGCGACGUCGAAAGGACUGGAAAAGAUCUUACAGAGUAGACGGGCAGAGGUGUGGACAGAUGUCGCUUUGAUAGCGACCGUCGUAGGGAACCCUCUUCGAGAAUUCUCGAAGGACGAUCGGAGACGGUCCAAUGAAAGAGCACGGGACUAUAGGUGGAAUGAGGGACGGUUAGAAAAGCGGAAAACAGACGAGAGCGGAAUAUGGAUGGUAGUUCUGCACCCGUUCAUGAGCUACCUGGAUCCCGGGACGAUUGCGGACGCUCUCUUCAACCUUGUGAGCGGGGGAGAAGAGGAAGAGGAGGAGGAAGAAGACGAGGAGGAGACCUCUAAAGAGGACGAGGAUUAUAGUGAGCAUAGCGAGCAUGAGGCGGGGGUGGUGAGCGAAGAAGAAGAAGAAGAAGAAGAAGAAGAAGUAGAAGAGCAAGAAGUUGCCAGAGAAGAAGCGGUCGGAGAAGAGGAAGCGGAGCAGGUGGAAGCCCAGGAGGAGGAUCCAGAAGCACAGCGUCGCAGGGCAGCCAUCGCGAAGGGAAAGCGGCCAUUGGAGCUGUCGGUGGGAGUCGAUCUGCCUGUUCCGGACGACCCGACUAAAGAUCCCGAGCCGCCAGCCAAGGAAGAUGAGCACCCUCAUGCAGAGACUUCUGGCACGGCGACGCGCAGGCGAUCCCGCUCCCCCUCCGAGUCCCUUUCCCCCCGUCCCUUAGUUCGAGCUCGUGGCAAUUCGGGACAUCGGGCUACGUCCCCGUUCCCUAUCCCACCGUCCCCUUGAUUACACCACCUUCCGACAGA